UAACGUGUCACAACCUGCUAAAAAGAGUAAUCUCCUCCCUCCUGUUCCAAGCCAAGUUGUCUGUCCUGUUAGACAACUCUUUCUCCUUUUCCUCCUCGGCAUGUCUGCAUGGGUCAGGUAUUCUCCCACGGAGCUCAACCUCUGUUUACUUCAUCAAGGUUUGGGAAUACGUAAAGCACGACUUUAGUUUAAUAGCUAAUGCAGGAUUGAGUGACAGACUGCAUUUGAUAUACUGGUUGGUUACAGAAGGCAAAGGGCACUAGAAAAUCUUACAAUACCUGCUUGAACUGGACCUUGGAUUGUGUUUGUGUGUCAGUUGAGGAAGGAAUGCUAUACUGGGGAGUGAACAAUUUAAUUUUUUUCUCUGGCAUACAUUCUAUGCUUUUGCUUCUCCGAUUUAUCUAGUCUAGUCUCUCGUUUGCUAGCUUUCAGCAUUUGUAUUGAUGUAAACAAUGCUGUGCUAUACAGAAUUCUGCUGAAGUUGCAUGCCAGCUUGUGAAAGUGCAUUUACAUAGUGUACUUAACAAAGAAUAGGUGUCAAAAGCUAUGUCUGUGUGUUUGCGCCCGUGUGUGAUAAAAAUUUGAGUGAGUUUACAUACCCAUCCUUUGUUAAAUAAAAGGUACCUGACGGCGUCGAAACCUGCCAUGUAUCAACGCUUGCUCACACGCCCUUUACCAGCCUAUACUGUUAGCUCUCUCUCAUAUCUGUUGCUAGAGGUAGCACCCAUAAUGUUAUCAUUACAUUCAUAUUCCCACCCAUAAAUGCAUGUUAUUUGAGGUUUGCUUUUAAUGUAUAUUAUAGCCGCACUUCGUGUAGGAUAGUUCCAUUUACAUGAUUACUUUAUCACACACACAGUGAAAGAGAGCGUGAGUUUCUGUGUCACAAAAGGCAGUAAAGCCUGAGAAGAACAAUCUAUGCCACAGGGAAGGGAAAAAGAGGGGAAAGAGAGGUGUGGGAGACCAGCUCCUACUGACGGACUAGUAUUUUAAUUAACUGUUAUUUUACGACUUUGUGUGGGUACCAGUUACACAGUGAGAGGGAGAAAGAGAGAACGGUAAAAAGGAGAGUGCGAUGGAGAGGGUUGACUACAAACAGAGCCCAUGGAGGGAAGGAGAGUAGUGUUAGGUGAGGUUAUGAGUAAGAGUUUUGCUAAGCAUUCGAGUGCAAGUUAUGGGAGUAGGACCUUGUGGCACUUCCUUCGGAUGCCUCCUUUGGUUGUACCAGUUUUUCAUGUCCUGUUUUUUUGUUAACUGUAUGAAAGUUGUUACAACAUUGUUCUAGGCUGACAGGUGACCAAUGGACUGACGGAGAGAGAAACCGAGUGAUCAGAAUAAGAGAAGGCGUAGUAAAGUGGAGGAUAGAAAGAGAGAAGAUAAUUGUGUGAAAAAGAGUCAAGUGAAGUUUAUUAUAUGAGCAGGUCAAUUGAGUGUCUUUAGAUGCACUUGAAGAGGAUUUGGAGUGGUUUCUACAUUGGCUGUUAGUUACCUGUGUUAUGAAGCAGCUCGGUGGGGGAUAGCUGAAAAUAUUCAAAGUAUUUUAUUACAACUUGCAGAACAAGGGACUCAUCUGGCAGGUUCUUUUCCAUCAGUACACAGCCUGACAUUUGUAGGUGUUCUAUUCAUUUAUUGUUAGAGUAUCUAGGAGGAUCCAAGGACCUCUGCCUUUUGAUACUGCGCCUAAUUGCCUUCGGACACUUUUGAGGACCGUUUGUUGAGGAGAAUUGAUUAUGGCCAGUUCCCUGUACUUUAUCCUUCCGGCCCUAGGGGGCUACACCCUGACGUCACUCUACCUGUUGAAGAACCCUCAGAUCCUCCACAAGAAGAAACGGGCUGCCUUCCACUGCACCCACAUCUCACACAGAGGAGGAAGCGGCGAGAGGAUAGAGAGCACCAUGGAGGCCUUCACACAUGCGGUGGAGCAGGGUACAGGAAUGCUGGAGCUGGACUGUCACCUGACCCGGGAUGGUCAUGUGGUCGUGUCACAUGACGAAAACCUCCUGAGGCAGACUGGCCGUGAUGUCACCAUCUCCUCCCUAAACCUAGAGGACUUACCCUUGUAUAAGGACAGACUGGAGGUCACGUUUAAUGCAGGCCGCUACAGCACCGGUACAGACAGGAAGUUCACCCUGUUGGAGGAAGUGUUCAGGAAGUUCCCUAAGAUGCCAGUCAACAUCGAAAUCAAAGAAGACAACAGCUUGCUGAUGGAGAAAGCGUCCAACAUGGUGAAACAGUAUGAUAGAGAGGACCUCACAGUGUGGGCGACUGUAGACUCUACCAUUAUGGAAAAGUGCCGCAGAACUAACUCCACCAUGCCCUAUAGCUUCAGUAUGAGACGAGGGCUGCAGCUGCUCCUCCUUUACUACAGUGGCCUGCUGCCCUUUGUACCGCUGGGAGAGAGCUUCCUGCAGUUCUACCUGCCCCGCAUUAUUAACAGGACAUAUAUUCCUGAGGAGCGUCUUCUGAAGAACAGAAUGGUCAUCUAUCUGAUAGAAAAAUUAACGAUGAGGAAGAGUCUAUUCAAACAUCUGGCCAACAGAGGAAUUCAGCAGAAGAAGCACAGAGUGACAGCAGAGAAGAUGCUGAGACAGAUCGACAGCACAACAGGGAGGCAAACAAAAUUGCUAGAGCAGAUGCACAGUUAAAGUGGUGCACCUGUUCGUCUGCAACGAGGAUCCUGACAUCGAGGCGGCGUUCGAAGCAGGAGCCACAGGCGUCAUGACAGACUACCCCACCCUCCUGACUGACUACCUACACAGACACAGGAGUCAAGACUGACAGCCCAAACUUCCAAUCAAACUACUAAUUCACAAACAGGGUUCUUAACUGACAGCUCGAGCUACCUAUCAAGACACAUCCACUCGUACAUUGUGUAUCACUGAAAGAACCACACUGAAAUCGCAAUUUUCCUUCACAACUCCGGUCUCCACCAAUGAGCAAAAGGACAGCUCUGUGAGGAAGUUGCCCAAAAAGCACAGAUCCAAGACCAGUGUAACUUUCCCAAAUCCCAACCUUAACCAAUAGAGGGAAAAACACAUAACCAAUCUCUGAUCAAUGUCUUUAGGCAACUUCAUUCCAUCUACACAAAGGAUGUCACUUACACUUACUGUCUUUUGGUUAAUGGAUUGUGGCCAUAUAUUGAGGCACUGUUCACCUCUCUCUGCAACCUUCCCAAACCUUAAUGGAUCUAUCAGUGACUGUCUGGAUGUUGUUGGGAGGAGAAGUAAUUACUUGUCUAUAUCCUUGAUAAUUACUUGUCUAUAAUUAAGUCUAUAUCAUUGACAUUCUCUCAUGGUAUUAUGACAUUUACAUAAUGGAACUGACUUUUGGGGUAUUUAUGACAUGCUAUACAAAUUGUAUGUUUAUCAGAGCAAAGAUGAUUUAAAUAAAUACUUGUAUAGUUUGAAGCA